CAGAAGGCAUAUUUAUUUUAAUCAGUAACUUUUAUAUGCCUACAAAUAUAUGAUUGAGGGAGAAUGGAGAGAGGAAAAAGGAAGAUAGUCAUGGAUUUUGUUGUAUUUGCAAAAAAGUAACUGUAUGCAACCUUCAGUUGUCUGAUUUUAGAUAUAGCCAAUUACCUGAAUUUCACAAUUUCCUUUUGCUUUGAGUUUAAUUACUUUCCUCAGCAGCUUAAUCUUAAGUAAUUGUAGAAGAUAUGGAGCAGCAGGAAAUGAAAGAGCUGAUUCCUUUACAUCAAACAAUUAAAAUGGAAGAUCAGCAGCAGCAGCAGCAGCAGCAAAAAUCUCCGCAUGAUAUUUCUUUAAAUGUUCCAAUUAAGAGAAGAAAAAAGGGCGGCAUUAUAACUAUGCCUUUUAUUAUCGCAAAUGAGGCAUUGGAGAGCACUGCAAGCUAUGGGUUAUUACCCAAUAUGACUAAGUAUCUAAUGAAAGAUUACAGGAUGGGGAUCACUACUGCUCAAAAUUUACUGUUUUUCUGGUCAGCAGCUACUAAUUUCUUGCCUUUAAUUGGUGCUUUUGUUGCUGAUUCAUAUCUGGGUCGUUUCGUUACCAUUGGCCUCGGUUGCAUCUUCAGUUUACUAGGAACUACUGUGUUGUGGUUAACAGCAAUGAUUCCAAAAGCAAGGCCUCCACCUUGCAAUCAAGUAGGGCAGGCCUGUAAAUCUGCAACAGCAUCACAAUUCAUGCUCUUAGUCUUUGCAUUCCUUCUCAUGUCAAUUGGUGCUGGUGGUAUAAGACCAUGUUCUUUAGCCUUUGGUGCUAACCAGUUUGACAAGAAAAAUGAUCCCAACAACCAAAGGGUAUUAGAGAGUUUCUUUGCCUGGUAUUAUGCUUCAUCUAUACUCUCUGUUCUGAUCGCGAUGACAGGUCUCGUUUACCUUCAAGAUAAGAUGGGCUGGAAGAUAGGGUUCGGAAUUCCAGCACUCCUCAUGUUCUUCUCCGCGCUGUUUUUCUUCCUUGCUUGUCCAUUUUAUAUCAAGAAAAAGGUUACCUCAAACUUGUUUACCAGCUUAGUAAAAGUAAUUGUGGUUGCCCACAAGAACAGGAAACUCCCAUACCCUACUCAGCACUCGGGUUACCAUCGCAAGAAUGGUUCAAAACUUCGAGUGCCUACUGAGAAAUUGAGGUUCUUAAACAAAGCUUGCAUCAUUAAGAGCCCUGAAGAUGUUAAGCCAAAUGGAGUUGCAGUCAACCCGUGGAACCUUUGCACGAUAGACCAAGUCGAGGAGCUAAAAGCCCUCAUUAGAAUCAUGCCAUUGUGGUCGACGGGGAUCAUGAUAUCAAUAAACCUCAGCCAAAGUUCAUUCCCUUUUCUACAAGCUCUGUCCAUGGACAGACAUUUAACUAAAGGUAUUGAAAUACCAGCUGGCUCAUUCGGGAUGUUUAUGAUGAUAGCAUUAACAAUUUGGAUUCUUAUCUAUGACCGCGUGCUCCUUCCAUUGGCAUCUAAAAUCAAAGGAAAACAAGUAAGGCUUAGACCUAUAGAAAGAAUAGGAAUUGGCAUAUUUAUCUCUUGCAUAUCCAUGUUAGUCUCUGGUAUCGUGGAACAUGUUCGACGAAAAAGAGCAAUAAACCAAGGGCUGUUGAACAACCCCAAUGGAUUGGUAGCAAUGUCCGCAAUGUGGCUCAUUAUACAACAUAGUUUAAAUGGUAUAGCUGAGGCAUUCAGUGCAAUUGGCCAAACAGAAUUCUAUUACUCUGAGCUGCCAAUGAAUAUGUCAAGUCUUGCAUCUGCACUUUUUGGACUAGGAGCGGCCGUGGCGAAUCUGUUGGCAAGCGUUAUCUUUAGCGUUGUGGAUAAACUUACUAAAGGAGAAGGGAAAGAAAGUUGGAUUUCAAGCAAUAUCAACAAGGGUCAUUAUGAGAAUUACUACUGGCUUCUAGCUAUUAUGACAGCUUUUAAUCUGGUAUAUUUUUUGGUUUGUAGCUGGGCAUAUGGACCAACAGUUGACGUUGAUAUCACUAAGAGAAUGUUAGAGGACAGUGAUGAUGAGAUGCCACAGGAGAAUGUGUCUAGACCUGACUUGAAUUCGCAUUAGGCUAGAUACUGAAGUACAUUUAUUGUAUACAUAUAGUAUUUAUACAGAAUCAUAUAUUACCAAAUGCGUUAUAUAUAUAUAUAUAUAUAUAU